AUGGCGUCGUCGGAGGGACCUCGUCGUCGGCGGCGGGGCAAGAAGAGCGAAGCCAAAAACAAGAAGAAGAAAGAGGCCGGACCGACGACCGUGGAGGACCUCCCCGACCACCUCUUCGAGCUCAUCCUCCUCCGCCUCGGCCCGUCGCCAUGCCUCGUCCGCGCCGCGGCCGCCUGCAAGCGGUGGUGCCGCGUCGUCGGGAACCCCGGCUUCCUCGCCCGCUUCGGCCCGGUCCACGAGCAGGUCCCGUACGUCGGCGACUACCACACCGUCCAGGGCGGCGAGCCCCUCUUCGUCCCCUCCUCGCCGGUCGUCGUCGACCGCAGCCGCUUCUUCCUCGAGUUCCUCCCGGAGAGCGGAUCGUGGGAGAUCGCGGACAGCCGCGGCAGCCUCCUCCUCCUCACCAAGAAGAGGGCGCCGCAGAGCUGGCGCGACUACAGUCGCCGUGUCCGCCACUACCCCGACCUUAUGGUAUGCGAGCCGCUCACCGGGCUCUACCAGGGGAUCCUCUGGCCGGAGGAUCUGGACGGAACCGGCCGCCUCGGCGUGUUCCUGCUUGACGGCGACGACGCGGACCGCCGCGUCAGCACGUCCAACUUCAGGGUCCUUGCGGCCGUCGACGAUGCCAUGGCAUGUGUGUUCUCCACGGGCAGGGAUGGCGGCUGGCGCAUUAUUUACAGCGAGAUCACCAGCCACGUCGAGCUCCCAAAGCUCGGCCCCGAAAAUUUCGUAGGGCGCGCAAACGGCACUCUGUACUGGGGAAUUGACGGAUGCGCCACCGCCGUUCUUGCCCUUGACGAGGCCACCGCGGAGUUCUCGCUCGCCGCAUUCCCGGAGACCGUCUGGGGGCCGUCGCACAUACGGACCUCGCGGAUCGUCGGCGGCGAGGACGGCACGCUGCGCGUCAUCCGCCUCAUAGGCAACGACCUCAAGGUCUUCGCACGGCGGCAUCCGGGCAGUGACGAAGAUGAGUGGCUGCUGGAGAUGCAGCUGGAGUUGCCGGAGGCCACCCUUAGGCUGCCGGGGCGCGAGGAGCACUUCUUCCGGCAACAAGCCAUGGUUGUUGCGGCGAAUACCAGAUACGUCCUGCUGACACCGAGCGAGAAGGCGUGGUUAUUCUCUGUUGAGCUGGACACGAUGCGAGUGGAGCGCGAGCACGAGAGAAACAAGUACGCCGGAGAAGCGUACCCGUGCAAGUUGCCGUGGCCGCCGGCCUUGACUGAUCAUGGCAGGGAGAGGAGGUGA